CUUGGCAAUUUCUGCCGAUCUCAUCAACCUAUCGCGAUUGUCUCCUUUGUCUCCUUUUCGAAGUUAUUUUGCUUGUCUUUGUUCAGUAAUGGCAGUUAAAGUUACACCUCUGUGCAAAGAAGAAUUAAGGCCUUUUGUUGGAAAAAGUUUCAAGUCACUUGAUGCUGCUAUCUCCUUCUAUGAAGAUUAUGCUAAAGAGGUUGGAUUUGAUCCUCGAAAAUCUGGUAGAAAAACAACAGGCGGCAUAGGACUUGGACUGUUACGAACAAUGCUGAGGAUGAUUUGUACGAGUGUCAAUGCAAGCUGUAUCAGAGAGGUGGCUGAAGAAACCUCUUUUAAUAUCUGUGCAUGGUUCUUCUACCUCAACUUUUCAGGAUCAGACAGAUUUCUUUUACGAUGACAAGCAUAAUGCCAUCAACAAACUGCACACAACAUAUUACAGAUUAGUACAGAGAGUUGAGGGCAGCAUUGCUGAUAUUAAUGCAGUUUAGCUGCGAUUUAGGAUGUUGAAAAUCAGCUUUUUGGUGAUAGUUCUUGUGUGAUGUACGUGUUGGAGAAAAAGAAAAGGUUUGAGGAAUUGUAUGGUGUUGUGAGGCCUGAUGUUAUACAUGCUCAUCCGCCAAAUGUGGUGAAGUGUAAAGGAUCUGGAUCCAGGUUGUCUUCUAAGAUGGAGGCGGCGAAGAAGGCAGCAGCUAAACCUCCUAGACGAUGUGGGAAAUGCCAUAAAAUAGUUAAUCAUGAUUCAAGGAACUGCGGCAAAGAGAAGAGUUAAAAAUAGAAAUAAAUUAG